AUGGCGGUCGACCGCGAAGCCGCGACCGUGAACUUGUUCCGAAAUUACGAGGCGAGGACCGCGUUCGCGCCCGCGGAGCGCCGGCGGCUCCCGACGACGCUCGUCACCGGCUGGCUCGGAAGCGGAAAGACCACGGUGAUGCGACACGUCCUCGCGAAUCGCCAAGACCUGAAGGUGGCGUGCGCGGUGAACGACUUCGCGGAGCUGAACAUCGACGCGGAGCUCGUCGCGAGGUCGGACACCGGCGCGCGCGGGGAGAACAAAGGAAUCGUCGAGCUCACGAACGGGUGCCUGUGCUGCACCCUGGGCGGGGAGCUCGAGACGCAGGUGUGGCGGAUGCUCGACGACGCGCGCGACCGCGAGGACGACGGGACCGGCCGCGUGGACUACCUUCUCAUCGAGACGAGCGGGUUAGUCGACCCCACGGAGACGGUCGCGGCGCUCGAUAAGACGUUCGGGAAGCUCGCGCGCGUGCGGUUGGACUCCGUCGUGUGCGUCGUCGACGCGGAGUCCGCGGCGUCGGGGGAGGUCGCGGGCGACGGCGGCGGCGACGGCGGCGGCGGCGCAAAGCCGGAAGAGGCGUGGGCGCGACAGCUGUCCGCCGCGGACGUCGUCCUGCUUAACAAGAUCGACCUCCUGGAUGGCGACGACGAGAAGCUCGCGGCCGCGAGGGCGUUCGUGCGGAGGUGGGCCCCGGACGCGAAAGUCACGGAGUGCGUCGACGGAAAAGUGUCGCUUCCGUCGAUUUUGGACGUCGAGCUCGCGCCGCAGCCGGAGGGGAAAAUCGGGCACGACUGGGACAGCGCCGCGCGUCCGUUCCUGUUGUCAUCGACGGGGGGCGGACUGCGUAAGAAGAGCGAAGGAUCCACCGCGACCGCGGGGCCGUUCGUGAUCGACCCGUCGAAGCGGACGUCGCAUCGAAAUCGAAACGCGGCGGCGGCGGCGGCGGCGACCGACGCGUCCGCGUUCGGGUCCGCGUCCUUCGAAGGCGGCGCGCUGUCGCUCGCGAGGUUCCAACGCUGGGUCGCGAGGGAGAUCCCGCGCGAGGUCGUCCGCGCGAAAGGGUUCGUGCAGUUCGCGGAGGCGCCCGGGUGCGUCUACGACUUUCACCUCUCCGGCCGGCGGCGGAUCGAGCUCGAGCUCGUCGACGGCGACGGCGACGGCGGGGCGCGCGGCGGGUUUUCGCGAGCGCCCGCGAAGCGUCAGGGGGAGACUCGGUUAGUGCUCAUAGGUCCGGGGUUAGACCCCGAGGCGUGCCUCGCGACGCUCAGGGAUUUGGAAGCGACCGGCGGCGACGCGGACGACGCCGCGGCGGCGACGAAGACGGCGGAAAAGCUGCGCGCCGCGCGCGAGCGACUCACGUCGGACGCGCGCCUCGAGGUCGUCGAUCCGGACGCGUCCUGGUGCGCCUCCGAGGCUUCGAUGAAAAACUGCGCGUACUUUCGACUCACCGGCGCGGAAUCGAACGGAUUCACGGUGAACGAGCUCGAGAAGACGCACGGCGUGGACUUCAACCGAAUGAACCUGGAGCUCGCUCGCGCGUUGAACUCGCGCGGCGCCGGGGUGGUCGCCGCGGCGGCGACGGCGACGGGCGUCAAGACGCGCUUCGGCGGCGACGUGAUCCUCCUCAGGGUCGCCGUGGACGGCGACGACGACGACGGCGGCGGCAGCGGCGGCGUGCUCAGCGACGCGGGGUGGGACGUUCUCAGGGACGUGUGCACGGGGGUGUUGAGACGGCACAUCGGUCACGUCCCGAAGUGUCGGUGCGGGUUUUGAAGCGCGCGAGCGAUUUUUACAGCAGCUUCUGUUGCCUUUUCCCGGAGUUUGACGCGCGAGUGCCUUGAUUGAUAGCCUACGUGGUAUUACAAGUACAAUCGGU